UUUUAAAACAUUGGAUGUGGGUAAAGAUAAGUUGUUUGUUUGGAUGGUAGUUGUAUGUGUGGUUUUUGAGUUAGGAGCUAUUAGCUUCACAAUACAAAGCUAAAAAUGGCCAUAGCAACGGUAAGAGCCUUAGUUUUUCAGCCAUGUUCGUCCUCAUCAUUGCGCUUUGCAUAUAAGAGCACAAACAAGUCCUCAGGUGCAGUGGAUACUUUUUGGCCUGCUGAAACAGGAAGCAAACGAUGCUACACCCGAACUCUGGUUUCUGCCCAGCAGCGCCCCACAUGGCUUCCGGGUCUCGACCCCCCUUCAUAUCUUGACGGGACUUUGGCUGGUGAUUAUGGAUUUGACCCACUCGGGCUUGGAGAAGAUCCGGAAAGCUUGAAGUGGUAUGUGCAGGCAGAGCUGGUUCAUGCUCGUUUUGCCAUGCUUGGAGUUGCCGGAAUUCUUUUCACAGAUUUGCUACGGGUAACAGGAAUUCGCCCAUUGCCAGUGUGGUACGAAGCAGGCGCAGUAAAGUAUGAUUUUGCAAGCACACAGACUUUGAUAGUUGUUCAGAUACUUUGGAUGGGAUAUGCGGAGACAAGAAGGUAUAUGGAUUUUGUUAAUCCUGGAUCUCAGACUGAAGAAGGGUCUUUUUUCGGAAUGGAAGAUUCACUACAAGGCUUGGAGCCCGGUUACCCUGGCGGUCCUCUACUGAACCCGCUUGGGCUAGCUAAAGAUAUUAAAAAUGCAAAUGACUGGAAGCUUAAAGAGAUUAAAAAUGGGCGGCUUGCAAUGGUAGCAAUGGUGGGGUUUUUUGUGCAAGCUGCUGUGACUCAUGCUGGUCCUAUUGAUAAUCUUGUGGAACACUUGUCUAGCCCUUGGCAUAAAACUAUCAUUCAAACCUUGUCUGGUUGAUUAUGUAAAUGCAGUUGUUGCAUUUUUAUCUCAUAUGUAAUUUUUUUGAAAUGUGAAUGUCAUUGCAAUUUAAUUGGAA